AUGUCAGAUGCUGGCGACGAAGUGUUCUCAGAUGCUGGUGACGGACUCUCCAGCAUAUAUUCUACCGAGUCUCAAUAUCAGUGUUUCACAUCUACCGACACCCUGGUAGCAAUCUGCCAUGCUUUGGAGGAAGAUCCUAUAGAUUGGUGGGGCAUCUAUGUCCCUUUAGAGUCAUGGAUUCCCCCCAGACCAGAGAGCAUGCCGACGUUCCGAGGAAUCAUCGGAUUGGAAUCCUAUCCAAAUGCUGACGACAUUCCUAUUGCAGCAUAUAGGUUCUGUGCUGAGCUUCUGCAUUACUAUGAAUAUCGGAGUGAUUCCAUGGGAAAGAAAGAGAAAAAUUACGAGCUUUGUUUCAACGGUGACUUUGAUGAAGUCACAAGCAUGCUGUCCGACCCCCAACUUUUUAGAAGGUUCCCGAACAAUUGGAGGUCCCGACGGUCCAUUAUCGGCAGAAAGCGAUGCAACAUCGGAAAGUUAUUCUCGCCGAUGAUCCCCACGAUUGCGGAUGGGCCAGCUUCCUUAAAUGAGGUAUCGGUAGCCGAUCCUUAUGAUUGUGGAUGGGAGGCUGAUACCACAGCUCCGGAGGACGCUCUGAUGCCAGCAGAAGGAGAUGUAACAUUGGAAGCCAGAUCACCGGCAUCACUGUAUCCCGUCAGUCCAGCUGUUGAUAAUAAUCCCUACGAUUGCGGAUGGGAUGGGCCGAUUGUCGAUGGGCCGGCUUCCUCCAUUGAGUUGUCGAAGGCCGAUAGUUACGAUUGCAGAUGGGAGGAUGACGGUCAAGCUCUUGAAAAAGCAACGACACCGGGGGAAACAUUACAGAAUGGUCAACCAGAAGAGAUCCCGGCUCCAUCGUUGAACCAAAUGAGAGAUGAAGUUAUGCAAGAGCCUAUUCCGAUCGAUGAUCCUUACAAUUGUGGUUGGGAUAAUUCCAUGGUCAAUGGGACGGCAUCACCUAAUGAGUCUGCCACUGCAGAUCCUUACAAUUGUGGAUGGAAUGGUGAGAUUGCCACCGAGGAGAUACCCCGAAACGAGUCGACUGCAGAUCCUUAUGACUGCGGAUGGGAGGAUACGAUCACCCCAUUAAUGAUCAUGUCAUCGGAAGACAGACUGGAUGUAAGACGGGAUGAAGGUGAACAACAAAGCAGCCGGGAUAGCACUGAUUUCACAGAGACAGCCGAUCCUUAUGACUGUGGAUGGGACCGUGACGCUGCUGUCCGGGAAGAAGAUACAAUGCUGGGAGACAUAACUGAUGCUCCAUAUGGCUACGGGUGGGGGGAUUUUCCAAAGACUGCAGCUAUUCAAAAUCCUUCUCAUCAUGAUGGAGACGAUAGUAGAAAUGGAGACAAGCUCCCCAUGGCUCGGUUUGUAUCCGAUGCACUAGAUUUAUUUGCGGAUGAUGGCAUGCAUACGAAAAACAUGCUCCUGGAAGCUGAAAAGGACAGCACAGAGGAUCUUUACGAUUGCAGGUGGGACGAUCUGAUGGAUGACACAAUCAUCAUGCAGCAACUGGAAGAGCGUGAUAUGAGGGAGGAAACUAAUGUUAUAGACCUCACAUUGUCGGAAGGAGGGGAUGUUAUCGACCUCACAUUGUUGGAAGGAGAUGUUAUAGACCUCACAUUGCCGGAAGGAGGAGAUGUUAUAGACAUCACAUCUACCUCUGUGAACUCAAGGCGGUCCAUUUCACAUAAUGUGUUCGAGACUGCAGAAAAGUCCAUGCGCCGAGCCAUCGGACGACUGAAUAGCAUUGGACAUGAUAACUUCGAUCAAUAUGUAUGCAGCAUUGUUGAACCUGCGGCCGGAUGUGUGCCUGACCCGCAGCCGGCAAUCACAUUUAUGGCCAACCGAAAUCUGUUUGGCGCAUACACGGAGGCAAGGGAUCGGGUGACCGAGCUUGGUACAGAUGUCAUCAACAUUCAUCGUUUGCUCAACAUUCACCGCCGGAUAAUGGAACCACUAGAUGCAACUAUAACAAGCCUGGAGCAGCGGGAGCGUCGCCUGCAAUAA